ACUUGGUUCAGCCCGGGGCAGGCGCUCGCAAUAAGCCCUGUCCCCUUGGAAGAGCCUCGCUUCAGCCUCUCCUUUCUCCCUCCCACUGCCGCUGCGCACUGCUUGGCUCCGGCUGGGCCCGGGCGGCGGAGGAGGCUCCACGAGUUCCUGCUCCCGGGCCCGGGGCGCGCACACGGGGCUGUCCGGCCGGCGGGUGCGCGCAGGGGGUGCCGUGCGCGAUCCUCCGAUGCCGCGGUGAGAUGGCAUCAUCCUGCGCGGCGGAGCGCGGCGCGGAGGGGUGAGCAGCCGGCGGGAGAGAAAGGAGAAGGAGAAAAAGGUGCGUGGAGGAGGCGAGGGCAGCAGCUGGGAGGCUGCGAGCCGCGGCUGAAGCCUAAACUUCUGACAUGGCCACAGCCUCUCCAAGAACUGAUACAAGUAACAACCGUAAUGGAAGGUUACAGAUGCAAGUGACAGUUUCUAGUGCCAAACUGAAACGGAAAAAGAAUUGGUUUGGAACAACUUUCUACACUGAAUUAACUGCAGAUGGAGAAAUCAAGAAAACAGCAAAAUCAAGUAGUUCUUCAAAUCCAAAGUGGGAUGAACAGCUGACAGUGAAUGUGACUCCACAGACUACGCUGGAAUUUAGAGUGUGGAGCCAUCACACUUUAAAAGCAGAUGCUUUAUUAGGAAGAGCCACUGUAGACUUGAAACAAGCUUUGGAAAUACACAAUAGAAAAUUGGAAAAGGUGAAAGAACAGUUGAAAUUAUCUUUGGAAAACAAGAGUGGCAUGGUGCAAACAGGCGAACUGACAGUUGUGUUAGAUGGUUUGGUUGUUGAACAAGAAUCUCUUACAAAUCUCAGUUCACCAGCAACCAUAGAAGUUCAGCAAAAUGGAGAGGCUGUGCAUGAAAACAGAGAUGCUUCUGCAAGAAGUGCAUCAAGGUCUGCUUGUGAUGUUUCUAAUGGGAAUGACAAUCAAGUACCUUCAGACUCUGUAGUACAGAAUGCAUUCUGUAUUGAAGCUGUUAAUGGAAACAACUCACCAUCUCCUAUACAUGUUGCAGCCAGACCCAAAAAUACACCUGUACCAAAACCACUGGGAACUGAGCUUGUCAACAGCACUGUUAAUGGUGAGACAUCUUCCUCUGUACCAGAAACUGGUAAUUCUUCUGUCUCUGAAGCUAUGGUAGGUUCAGAAGCUCCCAUGUCUACAGAUUGCACUAACACUACAGCAGAACCUCAAUCAACAGAAGAAGCAGCUAGCUGUUCUGAAAGCCACACUUCUACGCUAUCCGUUGUGUCUGCUGGACUAGAAGCUUCAACUACUACAGACUGUGCUCAGCCUAAUACCACAAACAGUACAGCAGCAGAUGCAGCAAAACCAAGGGAAUCCUCCUCAGCCUCAAGUGCAUCAGGAGAGCCUGUAAGACAGCAGACUGUUAGUGCUGGCUCAGAACCUUUACCAGCAGGGUGGGAGCAAAGAAAGGAUCCUCAUGGGAGAACCUAUUAUGUUGAUCACAAUACACGAACUACAACGUGGGAAAGACCACAGCCCUUGCCUCCUGGCUGGGAAAGAAGAGUUGAUGAUCGUGGAAGAGUUUACUAUGUGGACCAUAACACCAGAACAACGACAUGGCAGCGGCCAACAAUGGAAUCAGUCAGGAACUUUGAGCAGUGGCAGUCUCAGCGUAAUCAACUGCAGGGAGCUAUGCAACAAUUUAACCAACGAUACCUCUAUUCGGCUUCGAUGUUGUCAGCAGAGAAUGAUCCACUUGGGCCUUUGCCACCGGGGUGGGAAAGGAGAGUGGAUUCAAAUGAUAGGGUGUAUUUUGUAAAUCAUAACACAAAGACAACGCAAUGGGAAGACCCUCGAACUCAAGGUUUACAAAACGAGGACCCUCUUCCGGAGGGCUGGGAAAUCAGAUACACUAGAGAAGGUGUACGAUAUUUUGUUGAUCAUAAUACAAGAACUACCACCUUCAAUGAUCCUCGUACCGGGAAGUCUUCUGUAAAUAAAGGGCCACAGAUUGCCUAUGAGCGUAGCUUUAGGUGGAAACUUGCUCAUUUCCGUUACUUGUGUCAGUCCAAUGCACUGCCAAGCCAUGUGAAAAUCAAUGUAUCCAGACAGACUUUGUUUGAGGAUUCCUUCCAGCAAAUUAUGGCAUUAAAACCCUAUGAUUUGAGGAGAAGAUUAUAUGUUAUAUUCAGAGGAGAAGAAGGAUUGGAUUAUGGUGGAUUGGCAAGAGAAUGGUUUUUCUUGCUCUCCCAUGAAGUACUGAACCCUAUGUACUGCCUAUUUGAAUAUGCUGGCAAGAGCAACUAUUGCCUACAGAUAAAUCCAGCGUCAACAAUCAAUCCUGACCAUCUUUCAUAUUUCUGUUUCAUUGGGCGUUUUAUUGCCAUGGCAUUGUUUCAUGGGAAAUUUAUUGACACCGGCUUUUCUUUGCCUUUCUACAAACGAAUGCUGAGCAAGAAACUUACUAUUAAGGAUCUAGAAUCUAUUGAUACUGAAUUUUACAACUCGCUAAUUUGGAUAAGGGAUAAUAACAUUGAAGAGUGUAACUUGGAAAUGUACUUCUGUGUGGAUAUGGAGCUUUUAGGAAAAGUAACCUCACAUGAGCUGAAAUCAGGAGGUUCCAAUAUCUUGGUAACUGAGGAGAACAAAGAAGAGUAUAUCGGGCUCAUGGCUGAGUGGCGAUUUUCUCGGGGAGUUAGAGAACAAACCAAAGCUUUUCUUGAUGGUUUUAAUGAAGUUGUUCCACUACAGUGGCUACACUACUUUGAUGAAAAAGAGCUGGAGGUUAUGCUCUGUGGUAUGCAAGAAGUUGAUUUAGCAGACUGGCAAAGGAACACUGUUUAUCGUCAUUAUACGAGGAAUAGCAAGCAGAUCAUGUGGUUCUGGCAGUUUGUAAAGGAGACAGACAACGAGGUUCGCAUGCGACUUCUGCAGUUUGUCACUGGCACUUGUCGAUUACCUCUGGGUGGAUUUGCUGAACUUAUGGGAAGUAAUGGUCCUCAGAAAUUCUGCAUUGAAAAAGUUGGUAAGGAAACUUGGUUACCAAGAAGUCACACUUGUUUUAAUCGUUUGGAUUUGCCACCCUAUAAAAGCUACGAACAACUGAAAGAGAAGCUGCUCUUUGCCAUUGAAGAGACGGAGGGAUUUGGUCAAGAGUAGAAGCAGCUUCUAGCCCAGAAGGAGACUUUGCAUAUUAAAAGGCUCAGCCAACUAAAAUUGCACACUUAAUUGUAUAUAAGCUUUUUGUUCUGUACAGUGAUCUUUCUGGAACUCUAAAAGUAGAAUUGUUCUCCGUUCUUCCACAAAGAUAUGCAAAACAGUUCAGCCUUUUCUACUUUUAUUUAUUGCCCUUCCAAAAGACCAGAAAAAUCCCUCCUAAAUGUUGAAAACAGACAAGAGUCUUAUUUAAAAUAUAUAUUAAAAAUAUAAAUAUAUAUACUAAUAAGCUCUAGUUUUAUAGAGCUUUAAGUGUAUGAAAAGUUGCAGCCAUUUAAAAGGGCCUGGAUUUGCUUUAUCUUGGCUUUGUUAUUUAGAAAAAUGUUUAAACUGCUCUGUGUUCUCUCUUAAGAAACAUCUCCAAGUUUGUUUUAUUGCAUGGCUGUUCUAAAAGGUGUUAAAGGCUUAGGCCAAACGUAUCCUAAAUAUGUAGAAAGAUGCUGCUGGUAUUUGAGACGACAGAAUAUGAUGUUCUGUCAGUUUAAUUUUUUAAAAUACAUUAAUAGCUGAUAUAUCUCUCUUUACUACACUGAUGUAGCCAAGGUCAUUAAUAAAGCCUUUAUUACUUGCACAAGAGUAAUGUACAAUAAGAUGAAUGUGAUUUAAUGUUGAAAAGAAUUGGUGCCACUGUUCUGACUUGUUGUAGGAGCUGAACAGAAUAUUUUGAUUCAUUUGAGCAGCAUUGAAAUUUGUUUACAUAUUGCCUUGGGUUAUGACCACGAGGAUGUUAGGUAAUCUUCAAAGAAAAAAUAAUAAUAAAAGAGAAACUAUUACACAUUUUCUCCUUGGUCUGUUGUCUUACAGGUUUUUUAUUUUUAUUUUUUUUCAACCUGUGAUGUGUUUUUCACAGCUUCAUAGUUAUUAAUGUAAAAUGAGGUAUAAGGGUAGACGAAAGGUAAUGUGAACUUCGCUGCUUUCUAUGCUCAUGUUCAGUUUCUAUUAUUGGAUCUAGUAAACCCAAAUAAAAUUAAAUUGACAUAAGCUUUGCACAGUUAAAACUAUUUUGAAGUAGUAAAUACUCUUAUUUCUCUUAAGUUCCUGUAGAAAUUCAGAUGUACCUGAAUUAUGUCCAGAACCUGUCAUUCUUUUCUGUAGGCCAAGUUUGUCCUACGUGCAUAGUAAUCAGUGAUUCAAAAUUUAUUGUUAUUAUUUUUUUGGUGUUGAGGGCAUUUGCUGAACUGAAAAGAUGUUUGAAAAAAGUUAUGACACCUUAUUCAUGUGAAUUCUGUUAAAUGCUACUUUUUAGCAAACUGUGCUUCCUUAUUAUAAAAUGUUUAAAACUACCAUUUGUAUUAUGCUUUAAUAUUAACUGUAAAUUCCAUUACAUUUAACUUAUACAGAAUUUUGUACACACAUAACAAUGAUUUCUUAAAAUAAGAUUAAAGACAUUUCUGUAACAUAUCAUAUUGCACUGUUAAAAGUGUACACGCAGAAAAAACAGCUAUAUCUGUUCUUGUAUCUUUCCGAUACAGCAUCUGAAUUCACUGAAUUCUGCCAAACCUUUAUUUUUCUACAAACUGGAUUCUCUGGAGGCUUUGUAUUCAAAAUGGCACAGUUUACUGUGGAGCUGCUAAGCUGUAUGUAGCUUUGAUAACAGUGGUACUGCACCUGGCCCAACGAAAGCACUAUCUUACAUGAACUUUCACUAAGAGUUUCAACAACUAAUAUUUGAAAGAUUUUCAUACUACACCACAUAUCUUCUGCAAAGCCGUUUUCAUAAAUACAUCAUUAUCUCGAGUGUAAUAGCACCAAAAUUAUGGCUUACAGGUUAGAAGUGGAGGAAGCUUGAAAGAAGUCAAAAGCAGGGCAACAGAAGUGAACCCUACAGUUCAGAGGACUAAAAUGUCAUACAGUUGAACCUUAUGAAUUUGCACUAAUGAAUGACUUGGUAACCCACUACCAACUGCUGAACUUUGUGAAUCUGUGAGUAAGUUGUCAAAACAAUAAUAAUAAAGAAGACAGCACAUUACAAGAA